AUGGACAACAACAACAAUUCCAUUGAGGACCAGCCUGCAGGGAAGAAGAAACCUACCACCCUCUUACUUAUCCCAUGUCUCCUCAUCACUACCUCUAUGCUUCUCCUUUAUCUCUCCCAAAACAAAUUCAUCCUCAUCAGCAGCAGCACCACCACUACUAUCUCCGAUUCCGAUCAUUCCAGACUCAGAUACGAUCCAUGCGUCGGCCGAUACAUAUAUAUUCAUAAUCUACCUUCUCGAUUCAACAAAGACAUCCUCCAAGACUGCGAGUCCAUUUCAAGACCAAAAGAUAAAAUUAGCAUGUGUAGGUACAUUGAAAACUCCGGAUUCGGACCUCAGAUGGGUGAUGGUGAUUAUGGUGAUUCCACCGAUUCUAAGUACUCUCCGAGCUGGUACGCGACUAAUCAGUUCAUGCUUGAAGUUAUUUUCCACGAGAAGAUGAAGACAUACGAGUGUUUGACGAGUAAUUCGUCGCUGGCUUCGGCUAUUUAUGUACCUUACUACGCUGGUCUAGAUUUACGGCGAUAUAUGCAGUGGAGUUGUAACGUCUCUGAAAGAGACGCCGCCGGGAAGGAAAUGUUUAAAUGGCUCAAAAAGCAACCCCAAUGGAAAGGUCUGUCAGGCAAAAACCAUUUCCUCGUUACCGGUCGGAUUUCAAAAGAUUUCCGGCGAUACUCCGAAGAUAACUCUAGUUGGGGAACCAACUUAAUGCUUUUACCGGAAUCGCAGAACCUUUCUUUUCUCACCAUUGAACGAAGUCCAAAAAGACAAAACGAGUUCGCUAUUCCUUAUCCAACCUACUUUCACCCGACUUCAGCCGUCGAGAUUCGCCAGUGGCAAGACAAGAUGAAGCUCACAAACCGAACACUACUCUUCUCAUUCGCCGGAGCUCAAAGGCCGAGCAAAAACUAUAAAGGUUUGGUUCGCACUCAAGUUAUCGAACAAUGCAAUAGUUCUUCGAAGGCAUGUAGGUUUCUUGACUGCGACGUUAAAACCAACAUCUGCGAUGAUCCGAUCAGUUUGAUGAAGCUUUUCGAGAGUUCGGUUUUUUGCUUACAACCACCGGGUGAUUCGUUAACCAGAAGAUCAGUAUUUGAUUCGAUCUUGGCUGGUUGUAUUCCGGUUUUCUUCAGUCAAGGAAGUGCAUACAAGCAAUAUACAUGGCACAUACCGAACAACAUUAGUGAAUACUCUGUUUAUAUUUCGUAUAAAGAGCUGAGAAACGAAGGAAAGAACAAAAUCGAAGAGAUUUUGCGUGGAAUACCGAAUGAGAAAGUUGUCGGUAUGAGAGAAAAUGUAAUAAGACUGGUUCCUAAGAUUGUGUACACUAAACCAAACCGACACAAACCGGAUGGUGGGACUCUUGAGGAUGCUUUUGAUAUUGCUGUGAAGGGAGUGGUAAAGAGAAUAGAAGAAACAAGGAGAGAAAUUCAAGACUGA